AUGGGAAAGGGAGCAUUGAAAUUUGGAGGCAAGUCUGGUAUUCUCCCGAAACCAAGACAAAUUUUCAAGCAGCCUUACAAGCAUCAGGUGUAUGUUAAGGCAGAGGACACGGGAUAUGUAGAUGGUAUCAUACACCCUAAGGGAACUACAAGAAAUUUGAUUCGCCCUAAAGUAUUUACACCAGAACAGAGGUUAAAGAAAACGGCGGCAAAGCCAAAAAAGCUGUAUUCAAGAGAGGAUGUGGACCAUAUGCCUGAGGCACAGAGGUUCAAGAUUAAAAACGCAGAAAUUAGAAGACAGUUUUUAAAAGAGUCAUACGAAGGUGAAGUGAAGAGAUUAGAGAAACGUGAGGAGUACCAGAAGAAGAUGUCAGGAGAAAGAAAGAAGAUUGCAGAAGAGGCACAAAGACUAGAGAAAUCUAAGGCCGAGUUGUACACAGUUCCAACAGUGGAAAGCUAUCUAGAAGGACCACUAAUUAAGCCUAGAAGCGAGGAAGAUAAAGAGGCAUUGAAAUUGAAAAGAAAAGCCAAUAGACUUGCACAGGAAAUGAAGGUGAAAGAAGAGAGAUCGAUCAAAUUGAUGGAAUUGUACAAUGCCUCCAGCGAUUUUGCUAUAACGGAAUCAAAGCUACACCUACUUGUGGACGAAGCCUUUAGUGAAAGAAAAUUGAAGGAGAUCAACAAGCUUCUUAAUAUAAGUCCGGACAGAUUGGGAACUAUGCCUACCACGAUAGACUUUGAAAGUAGUCUCAAGGAUAUCAUUUUGGGUAACGUUAAUAAAGGACCAUCAUAUGAGGUCGUUCAAGACACUAUGAGCGGUUUCAAUGAUGAAGUGCAUGAUACUGCAGAGAAGUUCCAACGGGAAAAGAAACUACAGAUGAAACAAGAAGCAGAGAAGAAACAGAAGAAACUCCAAGAGCUACAGAAUGAGAUGUUGAAAGAUAGAGAGGCAAAGCAGCAGUGA